CAUUUAAUUCUAAUAUCUGAAGACAGAAGAUAUUGGGUUUCGAAUCCCAAAUGGAUGGGAAUUGUCUUAAUAUGUUGACAAAGUCGACAGCCCAUGCAGUGCUGUAGCUAAUGGGGGCAAACUAGCAUAAAUGCCUCACUGACUAACCUAACGUUACAUUCCCGUUUCCUCCAGUUCUUCUAUGGGCGUUUAGUGCACCAACUCCUUUUCUUGGAUUAUCCACCAUAGCUGAUGACUUCUGGAUGUGUUCCCUACGCUUUUGCCAUCUUAUGACACCCUCCACCAAGGACACGCUGACAUAAACUUUGUUUUUCUAUCUGCAAGUUGACGUCCAGGCUUUUUUUGGGAUCCUAUCCUCCAUGUUUGGGACUCACAGAGGGGAUCUACCUUGGUAAAAUGCUAGUUGGAUAAGAGCUGAAGGAAAGAAGUAAGAAACAGAAGCCCAAUGAGCGGCUUACAGUCCACGAUACCUGACAGGUUUACAAAAAAACCACCCAGGACAGAAAGCAUUCUUUCACACCCUCCAGGCAAGAAGCCCUGGAUUGACAAGCUCUCAGCACCUUCUUCGCAUGACUUUGACCCCACAGAUCUGCAGAGUGUUGAGAGAAGGCCCGAAUCGUGUGGGCUGGUUCAGCGGUGUGUGAUCAUCCAAAAAGAUGAGAAUGGCUUUGGGCUGACAGUGAGCGGAGAUAACCCCGUGUUCGUCCAGCUCGUUAAAGAAGAUGGAGCUGCGAUGCGAGCUGGUGUUCAGACGGGUGAUAGAAUAAUCAAGGUCAACGGGACAUUAGUAACACAUUCGAAUCAUGUAGAAGUCGUAAAGUUAAUAAAAUCGGGCUCCUAUGUAGCUCUAACAGUUUUAGGACGACCGCCAGGGCUGCCUCAGAUCCCCCUCUCAGAGGAGGAUGGAGACAGAGGCCCCUUCUCCUCGCUUAGCUCUCCUCAUUCCCCUUGUCCCACGGCAACCGAGCGCUCUUCGUCCUCCUCCACCACCUCCCCCUCCGACCGCAUCACCUCCCCAUCGCCUGGAUGUGCUAUGAAGGAGGAGCACAGCAGGAAUCCUAAACUACUGAAGGACAACCAGGAAGCUCAGAAACACAUUCCACUGCUGCCCGGCCAACCCAGUAAAGCUGGACAGGAUGGUCCACUCUUUCCGAAGCCCGGAGAAGACGUGGAGGAGGGGGGAGGGUUAGGAGAUCCUGACUCGUCUCUGACCUGGCAGUCUGACUCCUCCACAGAGACCGCCUGGAACACAACAACACCGGUCACACCGAAUCUCGUCCCAGAGAGCCCGUACCAAAGAGAGACGCCAUGCCACAGCCCAAAGACGACAGCUCGGGGAAGUUUCAACUCGUGUCCUUCUCCCGAUGCCGAGGACCCAGCUGACUUGGACUCCAACUCCCAGUGCAGUGUGGGUAGCCCGUCGUCUCGCCAGCCACCACCGAUCAUCGGUGCCGAGGACGAUGACUUUGACAGCGAACAGGAGCCGAUGAAUGGUCAGUGUAGCUGUUUUCAGACCAUAGAGCUACUGAAGUCUCGACCAGCUCAUCUUUCAGUCUUCCUGCAUCAUGUGGUCUCUCAGUUUGAACCUGCGCCUCUGCUGUGCUACCUCCAUACCGAGCUCUACAAGCAGAGCAACUCCAAAGAUACACGGCGGAUAUUCAGCGAACUUCACACCUUCUUCAUGGACCGAUCAGCGCAUCUGAAAGUAGUGGUGCCUGAUGCCAUCUCGGCUGAUCUGGAUCGAAGGAAGCCUGAUUUAAUUCCUGAAGAGGUUCAAAGACAGUAUGCACAUCAGCUCCAAGAUACACUAGUUCCUGACAUCCACAAACACCUGGAGGACUUUAGGCAAAAGCGCAGUAUGGGUCUGACUCUGGCCGAAGCCGACCUGAUCCGGCUCGAUGCCGAGCGCCUGCGAGAUCGAGUGGCUCCGGAAAAAGAGCGCCUGUGUGCAGAACAGAUCAUCUGCAAGAUCGAAGAAGUCUUGUUGAAGUCACUAGAUACAGAAGAUGAUAAGUGCACCACCAUCCAUUUUGUCAUCAGCUCCUAUAUGAAGUACCUGGGGGUGAAGGUGAAACCGAAUCAAACCAAACCCAAGCUCAAGAACUUCCUACCCAAGAUCAAGAUCCCAAAUAAGACUGUAAAACAGGAGAAGGACGCCGGGGCGGAGGAGAAGCUGAAGAAGCAUCGCUUCAACAUCAUCCGUGGCUCACACAAACGGCCGGGCAGAACUGAUUCCUUUGCAAUCACCAAGCCUUGGGAGCAGAAUACACCGAGGACGCAGAAGCAGUCGUCGCAGGGCGCUCUUGGUUCAUCUGAUCCCGCCGAAACGUCUGCAUCAGGCCGGACACGAGGCAGCCAGUCCGGCGACGGGCCAGACGGCGGCGUGACCCUGUUUAGUCCCCCUCCUAUGAGUGCUCCUCCGUUACAGAGCUUUGACGGCACAGCCAGAGAGCCCGAGUCCGGUGCUGCUCCCUCUGCAUUUCCCCGACCCGUAGAGGCCGGUACUCCGGGCGAAGGACAGGACUCAUCUUCCUCAGGAUUGCACUUCGACUUCAGCCCGAACAAUCUGGACCAACUUCAGGAGGAGGAGUCUGAAAUGGACAGGAAUCCUGACGGAGGGACACCGCGGACAGGUAGGAGGAUGGAACCUCUGAGUUCAGGAGAGGUGCAGAGCGAGGACGAUCAGGCCUUCGAGGUGGAUUCGGAGCAAGACCCUCCUCACUGGCAGACGCUGGUGAGCACAAACGUUCUGGCGCUGCUCCCUCCUCAUGAGAUCAAGAGGCAGGAGGUUAUCAAUGAGUUGUUUUACACUGAGCGCGCUCACCUGCGCAUGCUCAAGGUGCUGGAUAACGUUUUCUACCAGAGGAUGACCAGAGAGGCCAUUCUACCCCACACAGACAUUAAAACUAUCUUCACUAACCUGGAGGAGAUCGUCCAGCUGCACGUAUCUAUAACCGAGCAGAUGGCAAAUAUUCGGAAGAAGAACGAUACAGCAGUGAUAGACCUCGUAGGAGAUGAUUUGUUGUCCUGGUUCAGCGGAACAGAAGAGGAAAAGAUCAAGCGGGCUGUCGGAACAUUCUGCAGUAACCAGCCCUUCGCUCUGGAGCUGAUGAAGAGCCGGCAGAAAAAGGACCAGCGCUUCGCUUCCUUCGUGCAGGAGGCGGAGAGUAACCGGCAGUGUCGAAGGCUCCAGCUAAAGGACAUCAUUCCUGUAGAGAUGCAGAGACUCACCAAAUACCCACUCCUGCUCGAAAACAUUGCCAAAUACACCGAGGACACCGAGGAGAAGAGCAAAGUGAAACGAGCCGGCGAGUGCUGCAAGAAGAUCCUCAAUCACGUCAACCAGGAGGUGAAAGAGGCCGAGAACAAACAGAGAUUGGAGGACUACCAGAGAAGGCUAGAUCUCUCCUCAUUAAAGAUGAGUGAUUACCCCAUGAUCGCUGAGUUUAAGAACCUCGACUUGACCAAAAGGAAAAUGGUGCAUGAGGGACCACUGUCGUGGAAAGUAAACAAAGACAAAACGAUCGAGCUGUACACACUACUGCUGGAGGACAUUUUGGUGCUGCUGCAGAAGCAGGACGAGAAGCUGAUCCUAAAGUGCCACAGUAAAAACCUGGCCGGCACCGCCGAGACCAAACACAUCUUCAGUCCUAUCAUCAACCUCAGCACCGUGAUGGUGCGCUCUGUAGCCACAGACAACAGGUCAUUCUUCGUGCUGUCCAUGUCUGACGACGGAGCGCAGAUCUAUGAGCUGAUGGCCCAGACCAAGUCUGAGCAGAAAACGUGGCAGGAUCUCAUCACGCGGAGAGCAGACUGUAUGAAGAGCAAGCCGCUGAAUAUCCUCUCCUUACCUCAAACCGAUGGAGAGCAGGAAGCCGUCGAGAUGAUUAACUCAGCCAUGCCGAAAAUAAGCAAAGAUCCAGAUCGCAUUUCUACUGGAAGCGUCCAGUCACCAGAACGAGAUGUUGCCUCGUGUUCCGAGAUCAUGCAGAGCCCCACAGCUGGAUCCAACCCGUUCGAGAGCAAGUCCGACGACGAAGGCGAGGGAGGGAGUGAAGGAGAGGACCAGGACGAGCGCUCGCUGCAGGCUCAGGAUGAAGAGGAGGAGGCCUUCAUUAACCCCAUUUUGGCAGACAGACUUCCAUUCCUGAAGCAGCGCUCGAGGCACGCGAUCGCUGUAGAGGAGAGCGACUCGGACACUUUCCGCCUCCCUCCUUUAAUAGCCGAUGAAGCUCUUCGGACCUUGACCGUUUUAAAACAGCUCCUGAUCAAUCACAUGGACGGUCAGGUGGACAGGGACCAAGAAAGAGAGGAGGGACGGAUGCACGAGCUAAAGACAGACUCUAGUCAGGGCUUGGAAAACAGCGCCGCCCCCGAUGGCUCGGUGGAGAACGGUGCUGAGCAGAAACCGCAUGAGCUGGCGUCUGGUGAUGCAGACUUCUACGAGACUUCAGAGGAAUUUGAGAACAGAUACAUGCUGCUGGAGGGCUGCGCUGGUUCAGGAGAGAGCAGCACCGACGACGACGGGCAGGGUGUCGGCAUCGAGCCGUCGGGAGACUCGGGCAUCGACCUGAAAAAGCUCCUCUCCUCCUCUUCCUCUGACAGCAAAGGACCAAACCUGAGCAGACAGGUGAUGACCCACGUACGCCUGCUACAAGCCAACCUGCAGCACCUGAAGGAUGUAGAGAUGAAAUAUAACCAACUAUGCCAAAGGCAAAGUGCACAAGCAUCUACUAAACCAGAGGAAAACAACGGUCAGAGCUAGUGCUGCUGCAGGAGCGCUGGGGUUUCAUGAUGCAAAUAAUAGAGAUCGAAGGGAGUUUGUGCUCCUCCAUACACACCACUCUUAAUAAACAGCUGCCUCUCGGGGGCUGUGACUGAGCACUGCCGAAAAAAGCCCACAUGAAGCCAUUCCAUCGGAGCUGGAUUAAUCGGCCCUUUUCCUGUGCACGCAUCAUCAUAACAUAAAUCCUUCAUGAGUCAACACCGCCCGGGUAGAAGGGAAAGGACGAGCGAUCGACGGCAGGACGACACAGAGGAUCGACCGCAGCCUGGUCGCUCGUCGUGUACAAAAAUAACAAUGAUAAAUUUUGGUUUGGAUGCAGGCUGCCUGGAUUGAGUUUUUACAUAGGCAAUGAGUGACAAGCUGAUGUUUUAGAGUAUAAGCUUGUUUUCUAGGCCUUAGAAUAAUCCACUGCAUGAAAUGUCUGUCCUUCAUAAGGACUGAUAGCAGUCUGACGGAUUGCUCCGUGUCUGUAUGGAUAUGAAUGUUGUGUAAGCAUGUCGUCAGCACUGCCGCUCACGCCAGCGUCAAAACUCGACCACUAAUCUUUAAGUUAUUCAUUUGAUUAACCGCAUCAUUAAAGGAAUACUCCACGUUUUUUUCAACACAAUUUCUAUCUAAUGCAUAUGUAUUACGGGGUUACAGCAGAAAAGAGCUCACAAUUUCCCUGAUUCACUUCGAAUUGAGGUCUAGGGACAGUUAAUGAACAUUUAUACAAAGUUGUUUUGGUAAAAACCCUUUAAUAAACGGAAGUACUUGGAACAAAAAUAUCCGGACACCUGCUGGUGCUGCAAAAGCGACCUCUGCUGGCUGGUGCUGAAUAAUUCACAAGGAACCGGGUUUGAAUCUUAGCAGUUCUAUCAACCAGGCGGGUGUCUACACAGACAUGAUUGGGUAUGUCUAAGGAUGGGGGAUGGGCCAAAGCCCUGUAAUGGAUCAGCGCCCUGCUCAGGGUGUUUCAAUGCAAUCUGUUCUUAAUUUGCAUCCUUUCUUAUAGUGGACAGCACAGCAUGUAGCUCCGUUAUUCACUUUGACAUCCUGUACAGAGAUUUCUUGUAAUCCUGGAGUGCAGCCUGCAGCGAAUCUUUGCUGUUUUUAAAAAGAAGUAAUAUUUUAUUUUAGCGCUGCGUUCUCCACGUCCUUGUCCUUUACAAGUUAUUCUCUGGCUGCAUCCCAAACCACAUCCCACUCUUAAAAUCUAUUUAUUAAGCAUACUAUGUAAUACAGUAGUGUGGGAUUUGGAACACAGCAGCUUUAACGCUGUUGUAACUUUAAGCUCAGUCUUCGGAAGGUAUAGACAAUUCAGACUGAGUUUCUUUCCGUUCCUUUCACCUAUAAGCCAAAAUCACCCACCAGAUUCUCCAGAUAUUGUCAGAUAAAAAAUCAGGCCCUGAGAUUACACAGCUACAUACAUUUUCAUUAUUGUUAUAGUUUACCAUCUGUUGCUUUUAAUUUACAUUAUUUAUUGACAAGUACUCUUAGAGGUACAAAAGAAUUUGUUUAUCUGGUGAUCCAGCAGUGCUAUUGGCCAGUUGGGUGUUAGAUGUGAUUGGUUGUGUCUUGGGGGGGUGUUAAUAUACAUAAAGAGAGAGUGAGUCCGUCAGUGGUAAUACAUACUAUAUGCUCUGUAGACAGAGAUUAGAUUGGAAAAAAAAAACACUGGAAUAUUCCUUUAAAGAGUGGCUGUUCAUUUUCACACAUUUUAUCAUUCAGGUUCCUUCCUAAAAUGGCUAAAAGUGCUUUGGUUGUUUGUUUAAAGAGUAGAAUGUGUUUUUUUCUAUGCCAUUCAUAUCGGUGGGUAAAAACGGAGGAUGAGUUUAUAUUACUGCUGUUACUGGGUGUAGGGAAAACCGAAGUCUCUUGUUACCGAAUGCAGAAAAUCUGCAUCUUACCUUCAGUUUAAACUCCUCACGAAAGGAAGCCCUCGCUUUCCAUGUCCUCACCUUUCUAAGACCUGGAUCUCAUGACCAAUCACUUAAAACUCUUACCACCUCGUGUGGAAUGAAGCUACUGAAGAUGACCAAGAUGAACAGAACUGUAUGAUCUUGAGGCACUAUAUCCUUCUUUUGUUUAAGAAACUCUCUCUGAAGUGUUACUGACAUGAAUUUUCUUUUUUUCCGGGAAUGUGGGAAUGAAGUUACAUGAAGAUAAAAGCUUAUUAAAAAAAAGAAUGCAAAGACUUGAUAAUAGACCCCUGAAGGUCUUUAAGUGUAAAAUUGUACAAUUCUGACCAACACUGCAUCUCUUACAGAGACCGGAUUCCUUGUUUUUGAUGUUUUCUUCUGCUUUCUACAUCAUACAAAUCAUGUAUAAUUUUAACAAAAACUACUAGGAAAAAAACAAGCAAAAAUAAAUGACUGCAAAGUAUCCAUGAAUAUUAAUGUAAUCUGUAUUUUUAUUUUGGCUAGAUGUUCAUGAGGUAUUAUAUUUUAUUAUAUUAUUAAAGAGCACUAUUAAUAAGGUUCCUUUGACUUUCUGUGGAAAUUGAUUCAUGAAUAGCUACAAUAGACUCUGUAUAGGCUGAGUUAAACAUGAAAAGAACGCUUGUACAUGUCUUCAUGUUUUAUAAGGUGGGAUUGACUUUGGGUGUGUUGGGUUUUUCACCAAAACAGCGAAGCCACAACCGAUUCAGUAUGCUGCAGAAUUAUUCAAUAAACUGGAAACACGAG